ACUUCAGUACAAUUUAUGGUAUUACGUAAUAGUCAUCUUUCGGAUUCUGACUAUAGUAAUUUCAACAAUACUUCCUACCGAUUUCGUCUUUUGCGGCUUGGCAACACUGAACAGAACUUUUAAUCCUCCAAAAACAUAACCACAAAACGUGCACAAAAGACAAAACGUUUUGCGUUUUUAACAGAUCAAAGUAUUUUUUUUACGUUCACGCCCUCUGGCUAAGAUCAGUAAAUAUUAUUUAAUGUGAACUUUUUAAAGAUAGUAUUAUUGCAACGGAAUAAGGUCCUUUGGAAAACAUGGUUGACCCAGCUGGUGUUCAGAAAAUGGAAGAUAUUUUGGAAGUACAGAAAACUAAAAAUAUUGACAAGAUAUCCAAAAAUACUGAGAGUAUAUCUAAGCAUCUUGAUGUUACUCCAAGGGGUAAACCGAAAUCUGGCAAAAUUUGGAAAAGUGAAAAGAAGAAAUUUUCAUCCAUUAUCAAAACUAAAGGAAUACGUAGAUCUUUUAAUCAGAAACAGGAAUUAAAGGCCAAAUUGAAACAUGUUAAGGAACUAUCAGAUUCUAUUAAGGCUACAAAGCAAGCUGAGAAAGAAAUGAAAAAGCAAAGACGAAGAGAGAAUUUGAAGAGGCAGCAGGAGAAUCAAAAAAAAUCUGAGAUUGUGCAAGUGAUCACCAACACAAAGAAACUGAAAAAAAUGAAAAAGAAACAACUUCGAAUGAUUGAGAAAAGAGAUACCACUGUUGUAGCAAAUUGCAGAAGAGAAAAACCGAGCCAGCGCAAGUUAAAACGGCUAUCGAUAAUUUUGAAAAAUGUAUUGACGAUGUGAGAAAUAAAAUUGAUGACAUAAUAAAUGAAGCCAAAAGUAUUUGCACUGAACCCCAAGGCAACAAAAGGAGACGACGCGACGUAAUAAUAGCAGUCAUGAUAACCGAGUUGCUGCAUUAGAAGUAUGCGACAAAGAUCUUUUGGUAGCCGCAUCCCUUUUUUUCCCCGAACACUUUGCGUUGUCGAUGCUGUCCAUUGAAAAGGAAUUUAUUUCGACCAUGGAAAAUUUCAACGGGAAGGUGAUCGACAAAUUUCAUGCCAAGAAGGAGCGCAGGAUCGAACUGAC